GGGUCCGUGUGCGCAUGCUCGCUUCAUUUCCGCCCGGGCUGCAGCCGAGAGAGGACGCUUCGGCCUGAGCUGCAGAGACGCGGAAGGAGAAGCCGAAGCUGAAGGCGAUCCAGCAAAGAUAAGCCAAAAUGUCGGAUUCAAAGUACUUCACCACCACCAAGAAAGGAGAGAUUUUUGAACUGAAGGCCGAGCUGAACAGCGACAAAAAGGAGAAGAAGAAGGAGGCGGUCAAGAAGGUGAUUGCCUCCAUGACGGUGGGCAAAGACGUCAGUGCCCUCUUCCCAGAUGUGGUAAAUUGCAUGCAGACGGACAACCUGGAGCUGAAGAAGCUGGUCUACUUGUACUUGAUGAACUAUGCCAAGAGUCAGCCAGACAUGGCCAUCAUGGCUGUCAACACCUUCGUCAAGGACUGCGAGGACCCCAACCCACUGAUCCGGGCUCUGGCAGUGCGGACGAUGGGUUGCAUCCGGGUGGACAAGAUCACGGAGUACUUGUGUGAGCCCCUGCGCAAGUGUCUGAAGGACGAGGAUCCCUAUGUGCGCAAGACGGCCGCUGUCUGCGUGGCCAAACUGCACGACAUCAAUGCCCAGCUGGUGGAGGACCAGGGCUUCCUGGACACCCUCAAGGACCUCAUCUCAGACUCCAACCCCAUGGUGGUGGCGAACGCAGUGGCAGCUUUGUCGGAGAUUGCGGAGUCCCACCCGAGCAGCAACCUGCUGGACCUGAAUCCGCAGUCCAUCAACAAGCUCCUGACGGCCCUCAAUGAGUGCACCGAGUGGGGCCAGAUCUUCAUCCUGGACUGCCUGGCCAACUACAUGCCCAAGGAUGACCGCGAGGCCCAGAGUGUCUGUGAGCGGGUGACCCCCCGGCUCUCCCAUGCCAAUUCAGCGGUGGUCCUUUCAGCUGUCAAGGUCCUGAUGAAGUUCAUGGAGAUGCUCUCCAAGGACCUGGACUAUUAUGGGACUCUGCUGAAGAAGCUGGCCCCACCGCUAGUCACCUUGCUGUCCGCAGAGCCCGAGCUCCAGUACGUGGCCCUCCGCAACAUCAACCUCAUUGUCCAGAAGAGACCAGAGAUUCUGAAGCAUGAGAUGAAGGUCUUCUUUGUCAAGUACAACGACCCCAUCUAUGUCAAACUGGAAAAGCUAGAUGUUAUGAUCCGCUUGGCCUCCCAGGCCAACAUCGCGCAGGUGCUGGCUGAACUCAAGGAAUAUGCCACAGAAGUGGAUGUGGACUUUGUGAGAAAAGCCGUGCGGGCCAUCGGUCGGUGUGCCAUCAAGGUCGAGCAAUCGGCAGAGCGCUGUGUGAGCACCCUGCUGGACCUCAUCCAGACCAAGGUCAACUACGUGGUGCAGGAGGCCAUUGUGGUCAUCAAGGACAUCUUCCGCAAGUACCCCAACAAGUACGAAAGUGUGAUCGCCACUCUGUGUGAGAACCUGGACUCGCUGGACGAACCAGAGGCCCGGGCGGCCAUGAUCUGGAUUGUGGGGGAGUACGCUGAGCGCAUCGACAACGCGGAUGAGCUGCUGGAGAGCUUCCUGGAGGGCUUCCAUGACGAAAGCACACAGGUCCAGCUACAGCUGCUGACCGCCAUCGUCAAGCUCUUCCUGAAGAAGCCCACUGAGACCCAGGAGUUGGUCCAGCAGGUCCUCAGCCUGGCCACGCAGGACUCUGACAACCCAGACCUGCGGGACCGGGGUUACAUCUACUGGCGGCUGCUGUCCACGGACCCAGUGGCAGCCAAGGAGGUGGUGCUGGCAGAGAAGCCGCUUAUUUCGGAGGAGACAGAUCUGAUCGAGCCCACGCUGCUGGACGAACUCAUCUGCUACAUUGGGACCCUGGCCUCUGUCUACCACAAGCCCCCCAGCGCCUUCGUGGAAGGCAGCCGCGGUGCCCUCCACAGGAGCCUCCCCCCGCGCACUGGCUCGAGCGAAAGUGCGGAGAGCCCUGACCUGGCCCCGUCCGGGGGUGCUCCGGCCGAGCAGCCGGCCGUCAUCCCCACCCAAGGCGAUCUCCUGGGUGACCUCCUGAACCUUGACCUGGGGCCCCCAGUGAGCGGGGCCCCCGGGGCCACUUCCUCAGUGCCCAUGGGGGGCGUGGACCUCCUGGGCGGGGGCCUGGAUAGCCUGAUGGGGGACGAAGCUGAAGGGAUGGGGGGCCCCAGCUUCACCGCCCCCAGCGCUGUCAUGCCCUCCAACCUGGGGGCCCCCCUCGGAGGCGGGCUGGGGGACCUCUUUGACCUGGCCGGCGGUGUGGGGACCCUGUCCGGGUCCUACGUGGCCCCCAAAACGGUCUGGCUCCCGGCAGUGAAGGCCAAGGGGCUGGAAAUUUCGGGGACCUUCAGCCGUCAAGUGGGGGCCCUCUCCAUGGACCUGGUGCUCUCCAACAAGGCCCUGCAAGUCAUGUCCGACUUUGCCAUCCAGUUCAACCGCAACAGUUUUGGCCUGGCCCCUGCUGCCCCGCUCCAGGUCCAUGCUCCGCUGGCACCCAACCAGAGCGUGGAGCUCUCCCUCCCUCUCAACACUGUCGGCUCCGUCAUGAAGAUGGACCCCUUGAACAAUCUCCAGGUGGCGGUGAAGAACAACAUUGACGUCUUCUACUUCAGCACCCUCUACCCCUUGCACAUCCUCUUCGUGGAAGAUGGGAAAAUGGAGCGGCAGAUGUUUCUGGCCACCUGGAAGGACAUCCCCAACGAGAACGAGGCACAAUUUCAGAUCAAGGACUGUUCCCUCAGCGCAGACGCGGUGAGCACCAAGCUCCAGGGCAGCAACAUCUUCACGAUCGCCAAGAGGAACGUGGAGGGCCAGGACAUGCUCUACCAGUCGCUCAAGCUCACCAACGGCAUCUGGGUCCUGGCCGAGCUCCGGAUCCAGCCAGGGAACCCUAGCCUCACGCUUUCCCUCAAAUGCCGGGCCCCCGAAGUUGCGCAGCACGUUUUCCAGGCCUAUGAAACCAUCCUCAAGAACUGAAGGCCACGAGCCACGGUCGCAAGGACCCCCCAACUUCCUGUCCUUUCUGUUGCCCCACCCCAUCCCCCCCCCCAAAAAAAAGGUGGCGAAGGGGGUGGGAUGCAGACCGUCAUCUUUCCUCCGUGAAAGGUAUCCAGCUGGCGGCCAUUUUGGGGGGCUAGGGUCAGAGGUCAGUCAGCGGCUAUCUUGGAAAUGGUCCCGCUGUGUAGUGUAUCCCAUCUGCCAGUUCUGCUUUAUACAAUCCAUGUGACCCCCUUUAAAUCGUGGAAGGGGGUCCCGUCCUCCCCCGUCAGCACCAUUUUGCUCUUUUCCUGACUGAAUAAACGAACAACUCAA